AUGCCUCUACCAGUUUUACGUGUCAAAAGAAAAGCAGUUGAUGAUCCUGUCAAUGCUCUAUAUUUAGAACUUGGAAAUGAAAUUGGAGAACGAGCAAUCGCCAAAAAAAGAAAAUCUUCCGGUCGGUAUUUUUUUAGACUCUCUCAAACGUUAAAGAACGAUAGAGAAUAUGUGUCAAAUUUAAACAAUGUUCAUCCUUCGCCUGCAACAAAUCUUCAAAAAUUAGCAAAUGCUAGCAGCAAGCCUUCUUUGCCAAAGGAGAACUCUUAUGGAAUCCCCAUCGUUCAACCUUCUGAACCUGCAAUUCCAAAAGUUCAUUCACAUAUGGAUUUGGAUAUUAAAAAAUCCGCGCCAUCUAUACCUCCUACUUUGGAUUCUCCGAGAUUUGCAAUUCAAAAUUUACCAUCCGCAAAAGAUGAAAAAGUCUUUGACGCUAUUCGUCUUCAGAAAAGUCAAGGGAUGUAUCACACCCAUCCUCAAUUGGAUUCAAUGAUUCAUGAAUACCUUUCAAAUGGUGAUUUGCCUCUCCAACAAGCUAAUGAAGAAUAUGUAUAUGACAUUUAUGAGGCAUCAAAUCAAGAGCCAUCCAAACCUCCGACCGGAUACGGAGUCAUUGACGCUCUUAGUGUUCCUGAUGCGUUUCGUGAAUCGCUUGAAAAUGAGCUUGUAUCAGAAAAGCAAGAUGGCGAAGACGAAGACCCGUUGCGGGAUGAGAUUGACGAGGAUUCAAAUGCAGAAAGCUUUUAUCAAAACAGUUAUCCAGAUGAAGAUGAAUGGGGAGGAUCUAGUGGACAAAGUCUUCAAGAUGAAUUUGCAUCUGACGAAAAUUACGCAGAUGACUUAUAUGGAUAA